UAUGGACAGUGCUGUGGCGUCAAGAAAGAGAGAGGGCCUGGAUCACUAUGUGGAUGUGAAGCAUUCCCACCGCAGUUCCCACCCCUUCUCCACCACCUUUCUUCGCCUCCAAGGAGCUAGAGCUCCGGGGAGGACUUUGCAGGCCUGUGUGCAAAUAUGUGUAUAUGUGUGGAAGAGAACGUAUGUCCUGGUUAUUUCCUUAUCCACUUAGAAUACCCUCAUACAGGUCUACUUAAUUGCUACUCAAUCCUAUCUCCCAGAUAUGCACAUGGAGACAAAUAAUCCCCAGUUUGGAAUUUAUAGUUGUGAUAGGUGAUAUAACAGGUUUAGCCCUCUUGGGUCACAAGGGGAAUUAGCCAACAGUAUGAAUGAGUGUUCCCUACUGUUUGUGCUGUGAAAUGGUUAUAGAAAAGACUGAGGUAAUGUUAGUGCACAAUACUAUGAAUCCUUUGAAAUUGUUUGCUCAUAUCUACCUGUGUGCAUUUUCUGGGGAGAGAACCUUUUUGUUCUUGCCCAGUUUCUAAAUAACUGUGUGAACCCCUCAAAAGCUAAUAAAUCUCUGGCUUAGCACCUUGGCACCUUGAUUUUUAAUUAGAAGGUUGUCACAAAUCCCAAAUUACUUAACUCCAAAAUUAAGAACUCAGCGGAGAGAGAGAGUGGAAUCAGAACCACAGGGAGGAGACGAGUAUGGAAAGAAUCAAAAAUAGGAGAUCGAAAGAACAGUGCCGGUGGAUCAGGGCUCAGGGUUGAGAAGGUUUUCAAGCCAUACCAGGCCUCCCAGCAUGACAUGUGCCGCUUUCACUCUGAGGACUACAUCGACUUCUUGCAGAGAGUCAGCCCCACCAAUAUGCAAGGCUUCACCAAGAGCCUUAAUGCCUUCAACGUGGGCGAUGACUGCCCAGUGUUUCCCGGGCUCUUUGAGUUCUGUUCCCGUUACACAGGCGCAUCUCUGCAAGGAGCAACCCAGCUGAACAACAAGAUCUGUGAUAUUGCCAUUAACUGGGCUGGUGGUCUGCACCAUGCCAAGAAAUUUGAGGCCUCUGGCUUCUGCUAUGUCAAUGACAUUGUGAUUGGCAUCCUGGAGCUGCUCAAGUACCACCCUCGGGUACUCUACAUUGACAUUGACAUCCACCACGGGGAUGGAGUUCAGGAAGCCUUCUACCUCACUGACCGGGUCAUGACGGUCUCCUUCCACAAAUAUGGAAACUACUUCUUUCCUGGCACAGGUGAUAUGUAUGAAGUCGGAGCAGAGAGUGGCCGCUACUACUGUCUCAAUGUGCCCUUGCGGGAUGGCAUUGAUGACCAGAGUUACAAGCACCUUUUCCAGCCGGUUAUCAACCAGGUGGUGGACUUCUACCAACCCACAUGCAUUGUGCUGCAGUGUGGAGCUGACUCUCUGGGCUGUGAUCGUCUGGGCUGCUUCAACCUCAGCAUUCGAGGACAUGGAUAUGACGGGAAACUGCUGGAAGAUUUUAAACAGGGAAGUGACAUGAUCCAACUCAGGGAAUGCGUCGAAUAUGUGAAGAGCUUCAAUAUCCCUCUUCUGGUGCUCGGUGGUGGUGGCUAUACUGUCCGAAAUGUUGCCCGCUGUUGGACAUAUGAAACAUCGCUGCUGGUAGAAGAGGCCAUUAGUGAGGAGCUUCCCUAUAGCGAAUACUUCGAGUACUUUGCCCCGGACUUCACGCUUCAUCCAGAUGUCAGUACCCGCAUUGAAAAUCAGAACUCACGCCAGUAUCUGGACCAGAUUCGCCAGACAAUCUUUGAAAACCUGAAGAUGCUGAACCAUGCACCCAGCGUCCAGAUUCAUGAUGUGCCUGCAGACCUCCUGACCUAUGACAGGACUGACGAGGCUGACGCAGAGGAGAGGGGUCCUGAAGAGAACUAUAGCAGGCCAGAGGCACCCAAUGAGUUCUAUGAUGGAGACCAUGACAACGACAAGGAAAGCGACGUGGAGAUUUAAGAGCAGCUAGGCUUGCUAUAUCCCAAGGAAUUCCUUUUUACCUCUUGUUUGGGCAGGAGGGAAAAGGUGUGGUACCCACAGCCCUGGACGGUCACCUUCAGAGCUUGUACCAGUGCUGGAGGAGGGCUUGGGGACCACCCCUGGUUAUUGAACCAUCUAUCCCCUUUACUUUUUCCCAAGGCCUGACAAUGGUACUUAUUAGGGAUUGGAUGGGGACGAGGAUAGCUUCCCCGUAGGACAUCUUGGGCAAUGGGCCUUACAGGCCAGUCCCAGCCACUUUGGCCCCUUAUUCCUUCCCUCCAACCCAGAGACUUUUAGGUAUGAAGGUGUUAGACAGGAGUGAAGUUGCCCCUGGCUUCCUCCUUUUCUGGUUUCUCCCACAGCAAGCCUUGUUUUCAGUGCAGGUGAAGAGUGAGGGAUUUUAGAGGGCUCUGGCUCUCUAACACCUUAACCUCAGAUGAUGGGAAGUACAGUUUUGAGUCGGGGGAGGAUGUAAAAAUGUCCCUUUCUAACUUUUGGCUUUAUGUCCAUUUUACCACUGUUUUUAUCCAAUAAACCAAAUUGGUAUUUUUUGUACCUUUUGCCUUCCUAGGAA